UCAUGAGGUUGCAGAGUGGUGGAGAGGAUGGGGAGGGGGAAGAUAGAGAUAAAGAAGAUAGAGAACCCUACAAACAGGCAGGUGACUUACUCCAAGAGGCGCCUUGGACUGAUGAAGAAGGCUAAGGAGCUCACUGUUCUUUGUGAUGCUGAGGUCUUAAUUAUCAUGGUGUCCAGCACUGGCAAGUUUGCUGAGUAUUGCAGCCCUUCCACUGAAAUUAAGAGGAUGUUUGAUAGAUACCAGCAAGUUUCUGGUGUUAACCUGUGGAGUGCUCAAUAUGAGAAAAUGCACAACACUCUGAAGCAUCUGCAAGAAAUCAACCACAACCUCAGGAAGGAAAUAAGGCAGAGGAUGGGUGAAAAUACUGAAGGGUUGGCCAUGGAGGAACUGCGCGGUCUUGAGCAAAGUUUGGAUGAGUCUUUAAAGCUUGUCAGGAAUAGAAAGUAUCAUGUGAUUAGCACACAGACAGAUACUUACAAGAAGAAGUUAAAAAACUCCCAUGAAGCAUACAGAAAUUUACUUCAUGAACUGGAAAUGAGAGAUGAGAGUUCAGAGUAUGUUUAUUUGAGUGAGGGCCACAACAACUAUGAAGAAGAGCUAGCACUGGCCAACGGAGCUUCCCACUUGUUUGCCUUCCAGCUUCAACCCAACCAACCUAAUCUUCAUGGCUUUAGAUUCAACUCACAUGAUCUUAGCCUUGCCUGAUUAAUUGAUACAAGACCUUGAUGAUCAUUAAAUUUCAACUCCAGCAUUGUCCUCGGUGGUCUUUUUCAUAUUUAAUUAGUAAUUAAGCUCUGCAUUCUAUUUAUCUAUUUGAAUGGUUGACUGUUUCUUUUUCAUUUUUAACAAAUCAACAAUGUCUUAUGUUAUUUAGCUACAACUUUAUUGAGUGUGGUUGGAAUAUUAAA